AUGGGGGAGGCUCGACCCUUGCCUAAUUUGGUGAGGCUCAGCGCCGGGCGGGCAAGCCUCACCGGCCAUGGGCGAGGCUCGACCCUUGUCACCCAGCACGAGGUCGCCCUCGUGGCUAUUGCUUCGACAGCGUUUGGCAACAGCGUCUUCAAUGUUUUGGAUCACGGCGCCAAAGGAGAUGGCAACUCCGAUGAUUCCCAGGCCUUCUUGAAAACGUGGGAAGCAGCAUGUACAGGUGACCAAGCAAGACAAACUCCAACAGUUGUGGCUCCUGCUGGGAAAUCAUUCUUAGUCCAUCCCCUCCAUUUUCAAGGCCCUUGCAAAUCCGCCGUCAUCAAUUUUAAGAUUUUGGGGAAUAUCACAGCGCCCGCCAAAAUAGAGGAGUGGAAAAAUUGUGAAUCUCAGAGCUGGAUUCUCUUUUCGAAGAUCAACGGUCUGAAGGUGACUGGGGAAGGGACUGGAUACCUCGACGGUCGUGGUCAGAUUUGGUGGAACAAAGUCAAGUCCGACAUCCUUCCACAUGAUGACAGCAACGGCGAUUGCGAAAGACCUAAGGGAGUAACCUUCUACCAAAUAGAGAACCUUGAACUCAGUGGGCUCACCCAUUUGGACAGCCCAAGGGUCCACAAGCUUGAGAACUGCACUGGUGCAAAGCUCACUUCCCUUCUAAUCCAGGCCCCUGAUGACAGCCCCAACACCGAUGGGAUCGCCAUUGGUUCCUCAAGCCACAUCCAAAUCCAUGACUCCACCAUCAGAACUGGUGAUGAUUGCAUUGCCAUCAAGGGUGGGACCUCGUUCCUCGACGUCAACCGCGUUAAAUGCGGGCCUGGCCAUGGAAUUAGUGUGGGAAGCCUAGGAUACGAAGGAGAAUACGAGACGGUGGAAGAAGUCAAUGUUCGAAAUUGCGAAUUCAAAUCAUCUGAUAAUGGCGCGAGGAUCAAGACAUGGCAGGGUGGAUCCGGCUAUGUUAGAGGUAUCCAUUUCGAAAAUAUUGUUAUUUCUGACGCUCGUAACCCAAUCAUAAUCGAUCAGAACUAUUGCGACGAUCAAAAGACCAAGUGCAAGAUGAGUUCGUCGUCGGUAGUGAAGGUGAGCAAUGUGACAUUUCGAAAUGUGCGAGGCACUUCAGGGAACCAGCCGUCGAUCAAACUGCAGUGUGCGGGAGGCGUAGGUUGCACGAACAUCGUGCUAGACCACGUCAAACUCAACCCUCAGGAACCUGGGGAGAAGAGCUACGCCGAUUGUGAGAACGUGGUCGAUGGCAAUUUCGACGACGUUGAUCCUCAAGUUUCUUGCCGAACUUCGGAGGGUUAA